AGGAGGAGCCGCGCACUGCGCCGCUCUCUCUAUAAUCCUGUACAGGCGGAUCAGAGACAUGGAGAACUGGCGAUGAUGGUGAGGAUGAGCCAAACAUGUCGUGUAUCUCUCCUCUUUCUGACAGGUUGAGUUGCAGCAUCAUGCCCACUUCAUAGCAUCAGCCAUGAGUCACAGGGAGGAGCCAGAGGGGGCAGGAACUAAAGCCCCAGCCCCUCAGAACAGCCAGCAGCCCAACAGCACUCUUGCAGAGGGAGGACGUCCACGGUGGAGACCAUGCCAGCUGAACAGCCAGGACGAACAGGAAAACGUUCAUCAUCAUCACCACCAUCACUACCACAGGCAAUCACAACAACCUGGCGCUAACCGAGCUCCACCACGACGCAGCCGACGACAUGCCCCAAGCCAGGCUCAGAGGAAGGUGAAUGAGAGUGAAGAUGCAGAGCCACAGCCAAGUCAGCAGCCUCGUCCAGGUGUGACGAGGUAUCGACGGAGUGGUGAAAGAGGGCAUCAGCAUAGACACAGACAACAGCCCAAACAUGCUCAUGAGAUUAAAGAAUUGCAGCUUCCUGGGAGUGAUCCUGAUGUGGACGUUUUGUCUAAUGAGGAGUCUUCCAUCACUCCGUCUUCACAAGACGACCUGACUCCCUCACAAGAGGAGCUAACUCCCUCUCCACAGGAGAUCCCACACAAAGAGGAGCAAGCUGGAGGUAGUCCUGGCCUACAGUGUUCCUCCAGUACUGAGAGUAGUCUCCAAGCACACUCUGAACAAACAGAGCAUCUGCAGGAACAAAACGAGCAGAUGGAGCACUGUAAGGAUGGUAGAGAAGAACCAAUGGCAGAGGGCUGUCAAGAAAAGGAAGAAACUGUUAACGAGGAAGAGUGUCAGGGAGAAAAUAAUUGUUUGGCAACUGUUGGUAGUUCAAAGGGUAGCUUACACCAUUACAGUAAGAGAUCAGGGCCAAUCAGAGUGGAUGUUCCACCCUUUGCCGAGAUUCCACGUCAGCCAAUACUAAUACCUCAUUUCCAGGCUCAGUCUUUCUCAGAUCCACCAAGUAGUUCCCCUAAGGAGCACAAAUCAGGCCCUAACCAUUUUAACCUAAAUGACACCACCCCUAUGAGCACAGAAACAACGCCUGAAUGUCCUCAGUCUUUUGAAGAAACUUUCUCAGACUCCAGUACAGAAGCCUGUUCUGAUUCAUAUCCACAAAACUGUGAGAACCACUCCAAGUUCUACCCAGUGACUCAGACAGAAUCAGACCGAGAGUUGUACCAGUUACAUCGACCAGAGUGGUACAAGGAACACACUGACAACCAGUACUUUAAUGGGGCUAGACCACAAAUGAAUCCUCAGGAAGAGCCAAGACAGUGCAUUUCAGUUGGUUCCAGGCUGCACCAUUAUGAUGAACAGUCAGGAGACGAGGCUGGCAGCCCUAAAAGACGCAACAGGCAACCUUGGAAGCACAUGAGCUCCAAAAGCUUGGAUGAAGACUCUCCAGAGCUGAAAAAAGAACCAGCAGAGAGUGGUCUGCCUGUCUUGAACAAUAAAGGUGAGGUGGAACAUGAUGCUAUAGAAGACAAGCCAUACGCUUUGCAAGAUUCUGCAAAUAUCUCUGGAGAUGCUAUCUCUCUAGCAAUAAGGAACAUAAAGGAGGCCAUUGAGGAAGUGAAGACAAAGACCGUGCGUUCACCCUACAAGCCUGACAAGCCUAACGAGCCAGUGUGGGUAAUGAGGAGAGAUAUCAGUCCAGUAGAGGAGUGCCACCCACAGUUUUAUUCAACUUCCCCUCGGCAUUCAUCUUCACAGAAGUUGGCUCCAGUCCCGGAUCCCAAACCCCCUGCAGGAGCAGAAUCUUCCAGAACACAAGAUGCAGAUGUCUCACCAAGCUUACCACUUGCUGAAGAGAUGAAAAGAAACUUGGCUGCCUUUCCUACAUAUGUUGAUGUUCCGGGACCAUGUGAUCCAGAAGACCUUAUUGAUGGCAUCAUCUUUGCUGCCAGUUACUUGGGCUUUACCCAGCUUCUGUCAGAGAGAACCCCAAGCAAAAGUGCCCGCAUGCAGCAGGCGCAGGAGGCAAUGAACCAAGUUCGGCAGGGUGCAGAAGGUGAGGCUCUGUCUGCCACCGAGGUGGACCUCUUCGUGUCGACUCAGAGGAUUAAAGUGCUUAAUGCUGAAACACAGGACACCAUGAUGGACCAUCCCCUAAGGACCAUCUCCUACAUUGCGGACAUCGGGAACAUGGUGGUUCUGAUGGCACGUAGGAAGAUGAUUCGGUCACACAGUGCUCAGGAGCAGCAGGACACAGCAGACACACAGCACACGGACGAACACGUCCAGUACAGGAUGAUCUGCCAUGUGUUCGAGUCAGAGGAUGCUCAGCUCAUCGCUCAAUCCAUCGGCCAGGCAUUUAGUGUGGCUUAUCAGGAGUUCUUAAGAGCAAACGGCAUCGAUCCAGAGGAUUUAAGUCAGAGAGAGUACAGUGACCUGCUCAACACUCAGGACAUGUACAACGACGACCUCGUUCAUUUCUCCAAAUCUGAGAACUGCAAAGAUGUAUACAUAGAGAAGCAGAAGGGGGAAAUUCUAGGUGUGGUGAUCGUUGAGUCCGGCUGGGGUUCCAUUCUGCCUACUGUCAUCAUCGCCAGUUUGAUGCCUGCUGGACCUGCUGCAAAAUCAGGAUGCCUCAAUAUUGGAGAUCAGAUCAUGACAGUGAAUGGCACAAGUCUGGUGGGCCUGCCUCUUUCCACCUGCCAGAGCAUCAUCAAAGGGCUAAAGUCUCAAUCCAGAAUCAAGAUGAACAUUGUCAGAUGUCCUCCUGUCACCAUGGUCCUCAUCCGCAGACCAGACCUCCGAUAUCAACUUGGCUUCAGUGUACAGAAUGGCAUUAUCUGCAGUCUGAUGAGAGGAGGUAUAGCUGAGAGGGGCGGAAUCAGAGUCGGUCACCGAAUCAUUGAGAUCAGUGGGCAGAGUGUGGUGGCCACUCCACAUGAGAAGAUUGUUCAUCUUCUCUCAAAUGCAGUUGGAGAGAUCCAUAUGAAGACCAUGCCUGCUGCCAUGUAUCGCCUACUGACUGCCCAGGAACAGCCUGUAUACAUCUGAAAUCCACAGAAUUCACUAUUUAUCAAAUUGACCUGCAUUAACUCAUGUGAAAAUUUGUGAUUGUUUACAUUUUUUUUUAGCACCGGAUGUAUUUUUUUCUCUGAACACUUUAACCUGCCUUAAUAUGUCUUGACGGCUGAACGUGUCUACGACUGGAUGGAUUUACUGCAAAAUGAGAUAAAUAAGAUCAUCGUACAGAGUUGUUAACUGUAAACGAAAGCCAUUGUGGACCAGCUAGCAUGAACCGACAUGCUGGUCCUAGUAGGAUAAAAAUAAUAUAAGCUAUGCUGGAACUCUAGAUGAGCACAGUCCUGCCCAGGACGAAGCAGUUACUGAGAAAUAAAUUAGAUGAACUAAUUAGCCCAUCAGCACUGAGAUCUGGAUUCGAAUCUAGUUGUUUGAAACUAGUUGUUUGGGCAGUCUACACACAAACUGGGGGAAAGAUGAACGAAGCCCUGAGAUGGAUUGGCGACCUGUUCAGGGUGUUUCUGUCUUGCAGCUACAGACCUAAGCGACCCUGAUCGAGAUAAAGCGGCUUAUAAACAUUAAAUGAAAAUUCAAAUUAUGAUGCUCAUGAAAACACAAUAAGUCAAUCACUAUGAUUUACGUGUACAAUUUCACCACAAACCACAUAAAACUGGCACAUGCCUCCACCAACCAAAGACAAACAUCACAAACCUACAGUACAAUCUCCAAAAGUAAGUGGACACUGAAACAUGAUUCUGCAACAUGACUGCGGGGAUUCACUUAAAGCCAUAAUAGCUUUAAUAAGGUUUGUCACUGAUUUUGGGCAAUUAAGUCAAACAUGGUUGCAUGCUGAAUGGGGUUGAAGUCAGAGCUCUGUGCAGGCCAGUCAAGGUGUUCUAAAUAUUAAUACAGAGAACAUGUGCAGUACAUCAAACCAGUUGUUGCUUGGCGAUCUUAGGCUUGUGUGUGGUUGCUCGCCCAAGAAAGCCUAAUUCACGCAGCUUCCAAGGAACAGUUCUUGUGCUGAAGUCGUGUGCAGAGGAGGUUUGGAACAUUGUAUUAGGUUCUGCUAUUGAAACAGAUUCAUUUGUUCAAGCUGUACUGUGCUUCUGUACUGUGCUUCUGCACUCAGCAGUCCUGUUCUGUACGCUUAUGUGGCCAAAUGCUUUACAGCUGAGAUACUGUUGCUCCUUGUUGCUUUCCUCUUCUUAAGAAUAGUACUAUAAUACAGGAUUGUUGACCAGACAGCUCUAACUGGACAGACAUUUGAUGUUGGCAUUCUGACAAAGUGCCACUUCAAAAAUAUUUUAAAAUCUUUACUUCUAUGGCUGAUUAUAUGGCUGUAUGCUUGACUAUGCUUAAUUUAGCAGUGAAUUUAAGCUAAACAGUCAUCAUAUAAGGGUUGUCCACAUACUUUUGGUCUUGUAGUGUAUAUACAGUAUAUGACUGAAUCACUGGACCUAAUCUAACGUGUGUGAUAUUUAAAAGCACUGCAGGAAUGUCUGUAUGAUAUUAGAUGCUGUAAUUAUGAGCACAUGUAAUCUAUUAUAUAUACACACAGAAUUAUUCUGUUUGAAUAAAUAAAAACUUAUUAAGA